CCUUUGGAUAUUUAAUACGCCCCUCUGACAUCUGAUCAUGAAAAGAACUGAGAAUGGGUUUAAUUAAAGCUAACAACAGUGUCUUUGAACUCAUGGUUGUUCGACUAACAUUCUUUGUUUUUGCUGACGUAAGGAAGAUAUGCUGGGAAAGAGGGGAGGGGUGAGUGUGAAACUCCCAGCCUAGUCCGGACUAUACAUAGCUGGUAGGCGAAUGCCACGCUCGUUCAUAAAGGCUCACAGGACACUAUUUGUUUGUGUAACCGUCGAAUGUUACAAAGAUCUGCCAUCAUGAUGAGCCACUCGGAAUUUGGGGUUUUCGCCGUUAGUUAUGUCCACCGUUAGUUCGGAGACUAAAUCUGUAUUUGAUGUAUCAGAUCUGCCGUAAGGAAAGAACACCUUGAUUAUCUAACACUGGCACAUUUCCAAAAUUAGGCUGCUUAACAUCUCCAACUAACAUUUAGAUUCGGAAGUUCUACGUGACACAAACGGCCUUAUCAGUUGAAACCUGGUGCGACGUUAUCUUUGGUGAAUGGAUACUACUUCAGAAGAAAACAAACCCGUUGCCAUGUCAACACUUCCUAAUACCUGCGAUGAAGAUCCGACAUCCAAUAGUGGCGAUACUCUUCCGGUCCCUGUGUCCCCCACACAAGUCCACGAAGAUGUCCAUACAGUAAAUGUUGUGGUUUUUGGUAAAGAUGGGACUGGUAAAUCAGCUCUCAUCGUUCGCUUCCUGACAAAAAGAUUCAUUCACGAGUACGACCCGACAUCAGAAGAUGUUUACGCCUACAACUCCCAGAUCGAUGGACGUAAAAUCUGCCUUAAAAUCAUGGACACAGCUGGAAAGGUGGAGCGGACUGUCCAUAAGAGAGAGGAACAGAUCCGAUGGGGUGAUGGUUUCAUUUUAGUGCUUUCUCUCGCAUCGCGGGAUUCUUUGAAAGAAGUUAUACGAAUUAAGGAAGUAAUUGAGCACUUGAAUGAAACAGAAAAACCAGUAGUGCUUGUAGCAACAAAGCGCGACUUGGUCCAAGCACGGGAAGUGACUUCCGUGGAAAUUCAAGAUCUGGCCAAGAGAUGGCACUGUCGAAUGUUUGAAACUGCCGCCACCGAAGAUUACUUGACAGUAGCAGAACCUUUCAUAAGCCUUUUUAGGGAUAUUCGGAAGAUAAAAGAACAAAAGGGGAUAUUUCCUACGUCAUUUAAACUGGAGAAAGAGAUCGUUAUAUCGGAUGUUCACAGACGAUAUAAGAGUCGUUUAUUAACAAACUAAAAUGAAGUGAUUUGUUAUUCACGGGUUUUCUUGGUGUUACACAGUAAUUUUUGUUUGUUUCUUUAUUGUUUUAGCGGAAAAUUACACAAUAGAGUAUCUGCGAUUUAGCCACCGCGGGAGACAAACCCCGGAUUUUAGCGUUGUAAAUCUUUAAACUUCCCGUUGGCCCACUAGCUGGCUACAGAAAAUUUCUAGAGCUAUAAUAUACUGGCAUACAUUAUUCCAUUGCAUCAUAAGUGACUAUCAUACUGGCUUUUUUUAUAUUUCUGUGUCGCACGUUGUUUUUAUAUACUUAUAUGUGCUUUUCACGACCAAAUGUAGAACAGAAAAU